AUGAAACGUAACAUAGCCUGUGCUGCUUCUGUUCCAUCAGCAUCUUCGUCGUUGCUAUCUCUGAAUGGAUAUGUAAUCCAUAUCAACAAUAUAACGAAGAAUGCUUCGAAUGAUAAUCAUCAUUAUUCAUUUAUCAUAUGUCUCGAGGAUCAAUCGACUGUUCGAGUUGUCAAGUACCUUGGAAAAAUUGCCUCAUGCUCGUUAUUCAAUCAGUUGAAACAGUCUUUUCGAACCGGCAACGGUGCAUCAAUUACAUGUUUACGAGAGCAGAAUGGCCAGUAUGCAUGUACAGUUUCAACCAAAAUAGUAGAGAAACAUUUAGAUUUUCGACCAGAAUGUAUUAGAACGGCAAAUAUUUGUACUUUACAAACAGCUAUUGAUAAUCAUAUGUGCACAGUCGAAGCAAAGAUUUGUCAUCUUACUGAUCCAAUUCCAAUUAUCGUUGACCAGAACGAAUUCAAACGUACACAAAAAAUGAAAAAAAACUGCCAUCAUAGAUUUCUGAAGAUCGAUGAUCUUUGUGAUGUUGUUGAAGAAGUCGGUCAUCAUGGAAAUUUAUCGAAAGCCAAUAAAGGUCAAAUCGUCUCGGUUGAAUCAAUCAAUGAUGAAUACAAAUGUCAAGGUUGUGGUGGCAUGAACAUUACCGAGACCGAAAAUCUGUUCUCAUGCAAUGAUUGUCGUUGUCGGCUAUCAAAAGAACGGAACGUAGAAGAUUUUUAUGUGAAACUAAAAAUAUUCACAUUUACUAAUGAAGAGUACAAUCUUAAAGCAACAACAGAUACAAUAUCGACGUUUUUGAACGAUAUUGUUCAACCGAAAAAAAAAUGA